AUGACCAUCUAUGAAAACUACACGAUGGAUAAAAGGAAGGAAUGGAAUCUUACCGAGUACCUGGGAACACAGAAGAGAAGGAAGAUAAAUACCGAAGAAAAUGAGAAGGAAUCCAGCAAAAACAACACCUCCGAAGGUAGUGGCGAAAUUGAAGACUUGUACGAGAACAGACAAGGGAAGAAAGUCGCCCCGUUAAUAUAUGAGGGAUUGCCCAUUAAAUUAGGUGCCGUGGUGAAGCGGGUGUCCAGGAGUAUGGACGAAAAAGAUCAAAAUUCUUCAAGUAGCUCAGCGUUAGAAACGAUUCCUGAACUGCGGAAUAAAUGCUCUGAAGAAACAAACCUUGAUCCUCGACAAAAACUUUUGGCCUUCAAGGAGAACAUUGCUAAACAUGCAACACAACUACAGGAAAAUCCCGAAGAGAACAGAUCAUCUCUAUCUAUUCUAUGCCAGUACGCGGAUUCCGGUGAAAAUGCGCAAAGUUUACUUGCCAUCGCAGCUCUUUUGCCAGUCUUCAAAUCAUUGGCACCAUCUUAUAGAAUACGACCACUUAGCGAUGCAGAAAAGAGGGAGAAGGUGAGCCGAGAAGUGGCCAACCUAAGAGAUUUUGAGGAAAAUUUCCUUCGAAAUUAUCGCUCGUUUUUGACCCGACUUGGCAUUUUAGCAAAGGGUUCGCCUGGAACCGAGUCUUCGAGAAUGGGUCCACUACUUGCUGCUACAUCCAUAACUGCAGUGUGCGAAUUAUGUAUGUCUUCAUUAAGACAUUUCAAUUUUAACACUGAUCUUUUCUCAAUUCCAAUUCGUCUUCUCGGCCGCAAGCCGAAAGACAGCGAGACAUUGCGUCAGUAUACUCAAUGUAUUCGGACUAUCGAAACUCUCUUGCGGGAAGACGGUCACCAGGGCGCCAUAUCUUUGGAAAUUGUUCGGAUAUUAUGUUCAAAGAUUAGGAAAUCCAGAUUUAGAGUUGAUGAGUCAGUCCUCAAUAUUUUCCUUAGUAUUGCUGUCUUAGACAAUGCGAACCCUUUCUUGAAUCGCAAGAGUCAAAAUGCAGAGCAAAGGCAAUCAAGGAAGCAACGAAUUCACCUCUCAAAGAAAGAAAAAAAGGCGAGGAAAGAUGCAAAAGAAAUCGAGGAAGAAAUGAGAAAGGCGGAACAAGCAGUGACAGCGAAAGAACGCGAGAAUUUCCAGGGACAAAUACUUCGAGACGUAUUUAAAAUCUAUCUCGAGAUUCUUAGAAGUAGCUUGCUUGAUUCAAAUGAUUCCCGCCAUUUAGUGGCAUCCGUCCUUGAAGGAUUGUCGAAAUUUGGGCCCAUGGCGAAUCUUGAUCUUGUUGGUGAUUUUCUUGAAGUUCUUAAAGAACUCAUGAAAAUGAUAGUGUCAGAACAUGCUUUGGGCCGCCACUCACUGUCAUCUACAAAGGGGAUUUACCAUCCUGAUGAUGUACGUAAACUACUUUUAUGUGUGGCAACAUCAUUCGCGCUCAUUUCCAAUCAUACGGAAAGUGGUAAGCUACCAUUUUCAGUCGAUUUGUCUCAGUUUGUGGAAACAUUAUACGUGAUACUCACAGAUGUCAGCUUAGACGCUGAUUUGGAGCUCUCGCACAGGUCCCUCCGGCUCAACGACCCGCUAGGCGAAGAGGUGGCCGAAGAUAGGCCGGCCGUCAAUGUGUCAACGAGGGCAGAGCUUUUAAUCAAGUGCCUUGAUUUUGUUUUCUUUCGCUCCAAGAAUGGCUCAAAAGAAAGAGUAAUGUUAUUCUUGAAGCGCAUAUAUAUGAUGUCGCUCCACACUCCAGAGAAAACGACCAAUGCUAGCUUAAAGUUUGUCAGUAAACUCAUGCACAGGUACGGCGAUUUCCUAAGCACUCUAUGGUCAUCAGAAGAGAAGGUCGUCGAAGACAGUAUUUACUACAUGGGAUUCGAGCAUGAAUUUGCUGACGUUAACAUGGAAAAUUCUAGUGUAAAUGGGGCUGUUUUAUGGGAGAAUGUUCUUCUCGAGAGCCAUUAUUGUCAAUCACAUCGGGAGCUGUCAAGGUCCUUGUCAAAACUUAGCAAAUAA